UCUCUCUGCCAGAACUCAAGGUCAACAACUCCCAUUGAUCAACUGAGUCAGCCUUUCAGGAAAGUGGAUAGUACAGAAUCAAAGGAACAUAUCACAGGUGAUGAGACCCCUACAUCGGAAAAGAUGGAUGAGGGUCAUCCCUCUUCAGGAGAGGACAUGGAGAUUUCAGAUGAUGAAAUGAACACCUCUCCUAUCACAAGUGAAGAAUGUGCCAAAUCCAUUGUUGUGAAUUCAGCUGUCACUAGUUCUGGCGUUAUGACCUCUGUCAUAUCUAUCCUACCUCCUGGUUAUCCUCCACUACCCCCCACCACCCCCUCCUCCUCCCCCACAGCCUGGAUUCCCCAUGCCACCACCUCUCCCCCCACCUCCUCCACCAACUCAUCCUUCAGUUACAGUACCCCCUCCACCAUUACCCGCUCCACCCGGAGUACCCCCACCACAUAUGUUGCACCCUCC